GGUGAAAGCAUUCAGGCUCUUCUGCUUUUGCAGGUUUAUCCGUGCUUUGUCAGGACCUCGUUCAGAGUCUCCAUGUUGUCCCACCUCCGUAAAGCUGAUCUGAGAAAAAGCGGGGGACAGUCUGUUUGGGCGGCGUGUUUCCAGUGAGCUUUGGUUUGUGACUCUGAAAAAGGCAGGUGUGUAUCCUUCAAGCAACAGAGAGGUACAGACUAAAUGGAUCUAAAGACAGCAGUGUUCAAUGCAGCUCGUGAUGGCAAGCUGCGGCUCCUUUCCAAGUUACUGGCAAGCAAAACAAAAGAAGAGAUGGCCUUACUUAUGUCAGAAAAAACCAAUGGUGCCACACCACUUCUGAUGGCGGCCCGUUACGGGCACCUUGACAUGGUGGAGUACUUGCUGGACCAUUGCUCUGCUUCCAUAGAAGUUGGUGGUUCGGUGAAUUUUGAUGGUGAGACCAUUGAGGGAGCCCCACCGUUAUGGGCAGCGUCAGCUGCUGGUCACUUGAAGGUGGUUCAGUGUCUGUUAGAUCAUGGUGCAUCCGUCAACAACACAACUCUGACAAAUUCAACGCCACUUAGAGCUGCCUGUUUUGAUGGUCACCUGGAAAUAGUAAAAUAUCUCGUGGAGCACAAAGCGGACUUGGAAGUAUCAAACCGUCAUGGGCAUACAUGCUUGAUGAUCUCCUGUUACAAGGGCCACAAAGAAAUUGCUCAGUAUUUACUCGAAAAAGGAGCUGAUGUUAACAGGAAAAGUGUUAAAGGAAACACCGCAUUACAUGACUGUGCAGAAUCUGGAAGUCUGGAGAUCAUGAAGAUGCUUCUCAAGUACUGCGCUAAGAUGGAAAAGGAUGGCUAUGGAAUGACUCCCCUUCUGUCAGCCAGCGUGACCGGCCACACGAAUAUUGUGGACUUUCUGACGCAGCAUGUACAGACCAGUAAGACGGAGCGCAUAAAUGCUCUCGAACUUCUAGGAGCGACAUUUGUGGACAAAAAGAGAGAUCUGCUUGGUGCUUUGAAAUACUGGAAACGAGCUAUGGAGAUGAGAUACAGUGAUAGGACUAAUAUCCUAAGCAAGCCUGUGCCACAAACACUAAUUAUGGCCUAUGAUUACGCUAAAGAGGUAAACAGCUCAGAAGAGCUAGAAAACCUUAUUGCAGACCCUGAUGAGAUGAGAAUGCAAGCACUAUUGAUUAGAGAACGUAUUCUUGGUCCUUCACACCCAGAUACAUCCUACUAUAUUAGAUACAGAGGUGCUGUCUAUGCAGACUCUGGAAACUUCAAGCGAUGCAUCAACUUAUGGAAAUAUGCUUUGGACAUGCAGCAGAGCAAUCUAGAUCCACUGAGCCCUAUGACAGCCAGCAGUUUACUGUCAUUUGCUGAACUCUUCUCCUUCAUGCUGCAGGAUAGGGCAAAAGGUCUGCUAGGCACUACUGUUACAUUUGAUGAUCUCAUGGGUAUACUGUGCAAAAGCGUCCUCGAAAUAGAACGGGCUAUGAAACAAACGCAGUGUCCUCCAGAUCCAAUACAGCUGAACAAAGCCCUUUCCAUCAUUUUGCAUUUAAUUUGCUUGUUGGAAAAAGUACCUUGCAGCUCAGAACAGGAACAUUUUAAGAAACAGACUAUUUACAAGUUUCUUAAGCUUCAGCCUAGAGGGAAGAAUAACUUCAGUCCACUUCACCUUGCUGUUGACAAGAAUACUACGUGUGUGGGGCGCUACCCAGUUUGCAAAUUCCCCUCUCUGCAAGUUACUGCUAUACUGGUGGAAUGUGGUGCUGAUGUAAACGUCAGAGACUCUGAUAAUAACAGUCCUUUACACAUUGCUGCACUGAACAACCAUCCAGACAUCAUGAAUCUUCUUAUCAAGUCGGGUUCACACUUUGAUGCCACAAACUCGCAUAAGCAAACUGCUAGUGAUUUGCUGGAUGAGAAGGAAAUAGCAAAAAAUUUGAUCCAGCCCAUAAAUCAUACUACGUUGCAGUGUCUUGCUGCUCGUGUUAUAGUGAAUCAUAACAUAUACUACACGGGACACAUCCCUGAGAAAUUGGAGAACUUUGUUUUGCUCCACAGAUGAUAGUGUGGAGUCCCAGAGUACUGUUGUUGAAGCACGACUUGGUGACAAUGUUUUUCUUGAGCACUGUUGUGAUACACCAGCGUUCCCUUAGCUUGCUCCAUCUUGCGCUCAUUGGCUAAAGCGUUGUUAGCAUCAGAUCUACAGAGUUGGUUACCCAGUAUUUAAUAUGAAUAUGCCAUAUAAUAUAUUUUGUGGAUUAUUUAGAAAUGUAAUGCCAUAUUUAGACUCUUAAAAUUGUCUGCCAAAGGCUUGUCUAUUCUGGUCUUAUUUGCCUGUUGGGUGUUUGGGACUGAGUUGAAUAUUUUCCACUGAUAUCUUUUUACUAUAACUGUUGUGUGGAUUUUAUACAGUUGGAAGGUCAUCAUUUUUGGUUUUGCUUGAGCAUUUCUGCUCUUACUCUGUUCCUUUUCUAUGGACUCAUUGCUAAACUGCACAAGUUGUAUGGACUUGUUAACAUUUGCAACUACCAUAAGUGCUUUUAUCUUCUCUAUGCACUGGCUUAAACAUGACUGUUGUGUGUGAGCAUAUUUCUAUGCAGCAGUUGGCCAAUUUCAACUUAAAUGCCAAUUUUGUUUUGCAGUUUGUUUGGAGCUCUUCUUGAGAAUGCUGCCUUCAUAGCAUGACAAAUUUUGGAGUUACAUAUCAGCUCUCCAAACCUGGGUUUGACUUUUUUAUUCUAGCUGUAACUGAGGUCGCUUUCCUCUUGAUCCUCUGGAAAUUUGUGCUAAAUUUGGGAGAAGAAAAUCUCUCCUGUUCUCAUGGUAAUCCACUUGAACUCUAAAUCUGAAAAUCAUUUUAUUGCAUCAUGCAGUUAGGGGAAGAGUCCUCAUCAUGUACAACUGACACCUUCCUCUUUGCACUAAUGUCUUGCUUGUGCUGGUUAUGUGACUAGAUGUGAAGUUUGCUCACAGUUUAACCUCAAACUUAAUGAUACACUUUAACGAGAAAUAGCUCAAAUGUAUGCCGUAGUUUAAAUUUUCAAAUCAACUUCUUUAGCUACAAAGGAAACUGAAGCAUGUUGGUGGCAUGACGCUUAUCAGUCCAGAUCUAGACAUCAUCUAGUGUAACUAUAAUGUAGUGAGUGGCUGUAUGCCAGGGUACUGGAAGUUCUAUAGCCCUGUCCCUUUUUCUUCAUUUUAAAUAUCUUUAUAAGUACUUGCAUGGAUUUUUCAUCUCUACUAUCUGUCAGCUGUACUUAAAGAAAAAGCAGAAGUUCUGUUGUGUAUAUAGCUCCUGAUUAAAGUUACCUAUUUUUAUAAU